CCAUAAUAUUUGACAAAAAAAAAAAAACACCUGGCAAAAGUAAGAUAAAAAUAUUGUUUUAAUCAUAGAAAACAUGCUUAACUUUGCUUAACAUGCUGUUCGUAUCAGCAUGCACCAUGCUCGAGUGCAUCUCAUUUGAUAUCGUUUAAAGCAGGUCAAAGAUUCCCACACCUUCCUAAUUGUCCAGAGUCCCUGUGGUGACACUUCACUCCUAUUGGUCCGACCAAAGAGUGCUUGUGGCCCUUAUAAAUAGCCCUCAUUUCCAGACUCAUUUCCAUGAGUCCUGCAAACCAACCACACCUGCUACUAACAACCACAAGUCUUGUCUUCCACAUUUGGGGGUCUACAGCCAUGACCCUCUCCAAUGAUUACGAAGAAGAACAGCCAGUCCACGUCUCUUCGGAGGAGGAUGAAAUAGACAUCGUCGGAGGGGACCACAGUGAUAGUGACAGAGAAUAUUUCAUGCCUUGCAUUGACACAACGGAGGUGGUCUCUUCGGACAUGGACCAUUCGGAGUCCGCGGAGGCCUCCACAGCGUCUGGCCCAAAGCAAAACUCUGCGGUCAAACCCCCGUAUUCCUACAUCGCUCUCAUAACCAUGGCCAUCCUGCAGAGCCCCGUGAAGAAAUUGACUCUGAGCGGCAUCUGCGACUUCAUCAGCAACAAGUUUCCGUACUACAAGGAAAAGUUCCCCGCUUGGCAGAACUCCAUCAGACACAACUUGUCACUAAACGACUGUUUCAUCAAGAUCCCGAGACAGCCCGGUAACCCGGGGAAAGGGAACUAUUGGUCCCUGGACCCCGCAUCCGAGGACAUGUUUGACAAUGGCAGUUUUCUGCGCAGGAGAAAAAGAUUCAAAAGAAAUCACCCGGAGUUCACCAAAGAUGGCCUGGUGCUUUACCACCCAACGUUAAGUUAUCGACCAUAUGGGAGACCUUACUGUGUUCCUGCGCCCGUGCCAGCUCAUACUAAUCCUGCUGGAUAUUUGCCAAUGCCGGAUGCUGUCAUGGUGCCACCUCCAUAUUUUCACUAUCAGACUCUCAACAUUAAGGUCCACGAACAUGCAGAAAUUCCGCAAAGAUCCCAACCUAAAACCCAGAAAUGUUCUUUCACCAUCGACAGUAUCAUGUCCAAAUCAACAGUCUCUCCAAACAAAAACUUUCCCCAUCAACUCACCACAGCUGACUUCAGUUGUGUAUUUCCAAGGCCAACAUCUUGUGUUACUCCCAGUGGGUUACCACCAGUGCCAAGGACUGCAUUGCUAAAUUCUGUUCCUUUCACAGACACACUACAAAUGGUGUAUCCUCAUUCUUGAACUGCUGUAGACUGUGACUGGAAAAAUGUCAAAACCUAAUUCUUCUUGUAUCAAGUAUAUUACAUAGAUCAAAUCAUAUUUUGUACAAAACAAAUCUGCCAUUGCAAAUUGCUCUUAAAGUUGUAGUGUAAAUAAAUAAAUGGUAAUAUAUUUGUCCGAGAAGCUGUCUGAAAUCAUGUGAAAUGUCUGUUUAAAAUAAAGUAUCAUUGUCAAGUUUUAAUAUGUUUUUGCAUUCUUUGCCUUCUUUAAGAAUUUAGGAUCAUUUAGUGUAGCACAAGUUUCUACUACUUGGCAUGUGU